AUGCCGAAAGGCCCGGGGCGCCGAAUCGUCGUCAACGAGAAGAAGGUGUCCAACUUCGAGGUGUUCCUGAAAGAGGUGACGGGAGGGGUGCAGGCGCCCUUCGGGGCUGUGCGUAACAUCUACACCCCCCGGGGUGGGCACCGCGUCCGGCAGCUGGACGAGCUGCAGAGCGGCGAGCAGUACGUGGCUGGCGGCAGGGAGGCCUUCAAGAAAAUCAACUAUUUGGACAUUGGUGAAACAAAGAAAAAACCUGCUGAAGUCAAUAAUGAGGUCAAGCCAGUUACUCACAGUAGAAUCACUGUGUCAGCACGGUUUCGAAAACCAGUCCAGGAGCCCUACACUAUUUUCCUGAUUGCUAACGGAGACUUCAUAAGCCCUGUAGUGCGCCUCCUCAUUCCCAGGAAAACGCUGAAUCACUGGGAUCAUAUUCUAGAAAUGGUUACAGGAAAAGUUACCCUCAGAAGUGGAGCUGUUCACAGACUUUACACUUUAGAUGGAAAACUUGUUCAGAAUGGGUCAGACUUGGAGAACGGGCAAAUUUAUGUUGCAGUGGGUAGAGAAAAGUUUAAGAAGCUGCCGUAUGGUGAUCUGCUGUUUAGCAAAUCUACAAUAAGAAGACCACAGGGUUCCAAAGCCUCUGUACUACCUCCGAUUGUGGGAUCUCGAAAGUCUAAAGGCAGUGGAAAUGAUCGGCAAUCUAAAUCCACCAUUGGAUCCAGUGACCCGGGAGAAAACAGCUCCUCACCUCAGCCUCCCAAAGGGAAGGACAAAAAAAGCCAGCAUCCAGAGGAUUCUGUGUCCAGGCGACACUUUUCUAACAACUCUACAAAAGUAAAACAGACAGUAAGAGUAACAGCUUCCACAGGAGUCCUUCGAGAUAACGGUGAAGAUAUUUACAAAGCCAGAGAAGAGCAGUCUGAAAUGUGGGGGGCAGCUGAAGUGCAGGAAGAUGAAGAUACUCGUGUAGAAGUUCCACUGGACCAGAGGCCAGCAGAAACUGUAGAUGAAGAAGAAAAUGCAGAAGAGGAAAAUUACAGGGGAGAGGAAGAAUUUCCAGAAGUGAAUCGAGAGGAGAGUGGGGAAAUUGCUGAAGAAAGAAGUGAAGUGGAAGAAAAAAAGAAGAAAUUAAAUGAGAAUUAUGAAGAUGAAGGAGAAGAAACAGAUAAUGUUGACCAAAGAGAAGAGGAACUUACUGAUUUAAAUGGCAAGAAAAAUGAAGAAAAUGGUGAGGGAAUGGAGAAGUUGAACCACCAAGGUUAUUGUCAGCCUGAAGAAGGAAUAAAAGAAGAGGAUUCUGACAAUCAGAACCAGAUUGAUUCCCAUCUUGGAAAAACAUCCACAAACCCAAGGGUGACAAUCACCAGCCCACAGGAAAGUGAAAAAAAUGACCAGAGCAAUGACUACGCUGCAGUUGCAUAG